AUGAGGGCGAUUAUGGGUGGUCUGAAGCUGGGUUCGUGCGUCGUGGAUCCCGUGGAGGAAGGAGGAACGGGGGAGGCUCGCCUGGGAACUAGAGAAGUGAUGAUUGGAGGAUUUGUUUUGUUCCGCUGGUUCGGCCAGAUGAGAGAUGUGCAGCAGUUCCCAAACAAGCAGGCGUUUGACAGCUGCGAUUUCUCCAGAGCAGACCCGGCCGGCGGGGCUGACGUCAUCACGGUGGUGUCGGCGGGGGAAGGGGCGGAGGAGGAGGAGGACGAGUCUUUGCAACGACUGAGAGCGCUGCGGCAGAGCGUUCCGCUGCUGCAGCAGCUCACCCCUUUUCUCCUCCAGGCAGCCCACACCAACACCCACCUCCCUGCCGCUGCCGCCACUGCUGCCGCUGCUGCUGCUAAUACCACUGGUGGUGCUGCCUCCGCUGCAAACUCCACAUCCCCUGCUUCCACUGCUACAGCCGCUACAGCUGCUACAGCUUCUGGGAGAGCUGCUGCUGGUGAUGCUGAGGCACGUGCUGUUGCCGCCACCACUACCACUGCCAGCAGGCAUGGUAUGCAGGAGGGACCACUUGGUGCAGCCACAGCCGCCAGUGGAGAAGAGCAGAUGGCAGCACAUGUGCAGAGAAUAGUUUGCCACUCCAUUCUCACAACCUACACAUUUCCCUCCCCCUCACAUUUCCCCUCCGCCCUUUCACCCCUUUCCCCCCCCCUCUUCUUUCCCUGCCCCCUCGUCCUGCCCACUCCUGCCACCCACCUCCUUCCUCAUCCACCUUCCCAUGCAGCCGUGGCAGUGCGUGAUUUGAAAGAUCAAAGCGCCGCGUCAGCCGCUGUGCUGGCGGGGUACGAGCAGUGGCAUGCUGACGUGGCAGGGAGGGUGUGUGGUAACCAGCAGGAGCUGAUGAGUCGCAUGGAGGCGGUGGAAGCACUGGCAGGGAAGGUGUACAAGCGCAUGAACUGGACCAGCAGCGUUGUGAAGAGCAACCUGCAGCACCUGAGGGCAGGCAAGUCCUUUGUCUAG